AUGUCUUACAACUUUGGAUUAGAUGCUGAUUUGGCUGCAAAGCGUGAUGCUCUCUAUGACCCAGCUCUCGAAAGAGAACUUAGAGCUUGGAUGGAAGGUCUUGUUGGAGAAUCACUUUCAGGUGAUUUUGCUGUCUCUCUCAAGAAUGGUCAAUACCUUUGCAAUUUAGCAAACAAGAUUAAACCAGGAUCAUGCAAGAUUCAAAAGGCUGCAGCUCCAUUUGUUCAAAUGGAAAACAUCAACUCUUUCCUUAACUUUUGCAAGAGUUUGGGUGUUGCCACCACCGAUCUCUUCAUGACUGUCGAUCUCUUUGAAAAUAAGAACAUGAAUCAAGUUCUUCAAACAUUAUCAUCUGUAAAGAGAAUCAUCAGCGGUUCCAAGGGUAGCACUCCAGUCAGAUCAUCCCCAGCUCCAGCUGCUGCUACUUCUGGUGCCUCUUUCUGCUCACAAUGUGGUACAAAAGGUGCUGGUGUAGUUUGUAAAUUGAAUAAAGAUAAAGAUAUUACAGUAUUAUUCUCACCUCAUAGAACUUUAUCUAUUCAAAAUAUAAUAUCAAAAACAUCAUCAAUUACAACAUUAGUAUUAGCAGUAAUUAAUUUAUUAGUAAUAACAUUGGUAAAUGUUAUACCAUCAUUGGCUGUCAAUGAAACAUGUCAGUCAUUGGGAUAUAUAAAAUAUCAAGAUUCAUGGGAUUCUUUUCUAAAUACAAUUCCAGAUGUUUUGGUUGUCAUCACUUCAAUCAUUUCAAUGAUCCUAUGGCAAAGAGAUUUAAUUUCAAAAGAUGAUUAUAGAAAAAAAGCUCGUAGACGUCGUCCUAUUCCAAAACAUUUAACUCGUAGUAAUUCUCUUUUAAUUAAUUCAGAUGAAGAAGAUGGUAAUCAUCAUCAAAAUCAAAAUGAUGAAGCAAACUUGGAUGAAAAACCACCACAAUUGGAAAAGAAUUAUGAUCAUAAAAUACAUGGACCACCAUCAAGAAAAUUAACUGGAUUUACAUUUAUUAUGCUUUCAUUAUCUGCCAUUUCAUUCCCAUCUCUAAUCAAUGCAUUUUAUUUUAUUCAUGUAAUUGCUUUUAUUCUUUGUUUAUCUGGUAAACUUUCAAUUCAUAAAUUAAUGUUACGAUUAUAUCCAUUUUUUAUUAUAGUAUCAUUUUUUCAUUUAGUAUUUAUCUAUUUAUUCCAAAUACCAAUAUUUUAUGAAAAUUAUUCAUUUUAUAUCAAUGAUAUGUAUGGAAUUAGAAAUUUUCAUCAUUGGGAUGAAACCAUUUGGCCACUUGUAAUUGGUUAUAUUACAGUCUUGUUGACAUUUGUAUCGGCUAGUGUCAUUCAAAGAAAAUAUAUCCUUUAUAAUCGUACAAAACCAAGAUAUAGAUCAAUGAUUAAAUUACAAAGUGAAAGAGAUCAAUCAAACAAACAAAAAGCUACUAGAUUUACUCAACUUGCUUUAUUAUUUAGUCGUCAUGGUUGGAGUAUUUGUUGUAUUGAAAUUAUAAUUGUUUGUUUCUUUUUACAACCAAGUAUAUAUACAUCAGUAUUAUUAUUUUUUGGUUUAAUUUGUACAUUGUUACCAACAAAAAUAUUUAAAAUGUUAUCAAAAGCAAUUCUUGGUUAUCAAUUAGUUUUUAUAAUUUCACAAUAUGCUUUUAAUAUUCCUUCUGGUAUUAUUACUCCUACAUUUACAACAGAAAUUAUAGGAUUAAUAAUUUGGAAUGGAACAGUUUGGUUAAAUAUUGGAGUACAAUUAAUACUUUCAUUUACUUUUGGUUUAUAUUGUUUUUAUAGUGAUAUAAAACCAGAAGAUUAUAUAAUUGAAAAGGAAAAGGAAAAGGAAAAAGAAAAAGAAAAAGAAAAACAAGAUGAUAAAAAACAACAACAAUUAAUUAGUAUUAGUGAUUCUGAAGAACCAGAAAAAAAGGAACCUACCUCACAUCAAAGAAGAAAACCAAAACUUCAAUCACAAGAAAGUCAAACAGAUUUAUUAUCAGAUACAUCAACAACAUCAAAAAAGAGAGUAGUAAUCAAGACGGUACCAAAGAAACCAUUACCACCAGUACCACCAUUUUCAAAAAAAUUACCACCUCUACCGCUACCAAAAACACCAUCAGUUUCACAUUUGCAUCAACAAGCAGUUUCAGCAUCAGCACUUUCAUCACCAAGACAAGAAUCCUCCUCCUUACCACCCAUACCAGAAUUUAAUAUUAAUUUGCCAACUUCAAUCAUUUCAGAUAGUUGGAAUGCAACAUGGGAUAAUUUCCAACAAUCCUAUGGUGAUACUAUAGAACAAGUGAAACAAGUAUUAAAAACAACUGUCGAAGUUUGUUUUCUUGCAAUCAUUGGACAAUCUUAUCGUAUUGCAUUGGUAGGACUCUUUUUCUGUGGGUUGGCAACGGUCAACUUGUUAAAUGCCGGUUACAUGUUUUUCUUUAUCUUUUUUACAAUGUCUCAAACAUUGGCUAAAAAGUUGUGGAUGGUAUUGAUAUUGUACGCUCAAAUGGUUUUAUUGUUACUUUAUAUUUGGCAAAUGGGAUUUACUGGACAGUACGAGAAUUGGAUUACAGAUUUGGUUGGAGUAACACAUUACUCUGGUCAACCACUUUGGAUUAAUCUUAUUUGGCAUUUAAUCAUUAUUACCUUUACAUUGACUCAAUGGAAUGUAAACAAACUUUAUAAUACCAAAAAAGAAGAUGAUGAUGAAUCAAAAAGAAAUGUACCACAAAUCAUAAAGUUACUUGGAUUGGUAGCAUCAACAGUAGCACAAACUUAUAUUGCCUUGCCCAUUUGUUAUUUGGUUAUUAUAUUGGUUAGUGUUUUUGCAAAGAUAUCAAUCAUUUCAAUGAUUUACAUGGCAACUGUCUUUUUAUGUUUGGUCAUCCACAACCGAUCACCAAAUGGUGCUGCCCAUAUCCGUCGUUUCUGGGCAAUCGUUGUCUUUUCACAAGCUGCCAUUCUCAUUGCUCGGUACAUGUAUCAAUUUGAUCCAGUCUACAAUUGGCUCAAUCAAAUCUAUCCUACCAAUGAUUAUAUAUCGCUCGAUGAUAUUGGCCUCCAAAAGUAUAGUACCGAUGUCCUUAGAUUCAGCGAAUUGAUUGGAAACGUUGCCAUCUUUAUCAUUUGCGUUUUCCAACUUUCUUGUUUCUUUACAACCGUUGACCAAGAAGAAUCAGAUGCACUCUACAAACAAUUAGACAAAUUCCCCAUCCUAGAAAAAACAAUCAAUUUUAUUGGAAGUAUGUCUCAUCAACAUGGACCAAAGAUUGUACUAUGGACAGUCUUUUUAAUUUCAAUCAAUAAUCUCAGUUUCUUUAAUCUCGUCUAUUUGGUGAUGAUUGUCAUUUCAAUGUCAUUUAGAAAGGGAACUUAUCGUAUUGGAUUCUAUAUAUUGGCAUACUCUCAACUAUUGGUUCUAACUCAAAUGGCUGCUCUCUUUCCAAAAGCUACAUCAAUUGGUCAUACCUAUCAAUUAAAUUGGGUUGGUCUUGGUCAAAUUGGUCAAAAUCAAUUUCAUCUAAUCAAAUUGAAUCUUGUUAUUAUUUUAAUAAUUAGUCUUCAACAAGUUUCUUAUUGGUGGAACAAAAAAAGAGAACGAGGAAAUGAAAUGAUCAAUGAUAGAGGUCAAAAAGAAAAAUUAUUAUCAUCUGAUAAUAUUUCGGGUUCAUCAAAUUUUUCUCGAAUAGUAUGGUAUUUAAAUCAUUUUUAUGAAUUAUAUGGAUUGGAAAUUGUAUUUGUAGUUAUUAGUAUAUCACUAUGUUGGAGAGUUAAUAUAUUGGGAGUCAUUUAUCUAUUGGUCAUUGCAGUUGGAUUAAAUGUAAAAAGUGAAAAUAGACAUCGCUUUAUUUAUAUUUCUGGUUUGAUGAUUCCCAUCAUACUGGUUCAAUACAUCUUUUUACUUGGAACACCAAUUGAAACAAAUGCAUUCCCUUGGUUAUUAUCAAAUGACCUACUCAACAAUUUACUCAUCCUAUCAUCACCAAGUCAGUACAUUUUGGUCUUGGACUUUUGCAUUUUAUUCUUUUCAAUGCUCUACUUUAAACAACCUCGUGAUGUUAAACCAAAAUACCCAAGAAAUUUCCUUGCAGUCGAUGGUGAAAAUGUAAACUUUACAUUAGAACCACGUCCAUGGUAUUCAGAAAUACGUUACAUCAUUGUUAGAUAUUCAUCUCAACUAACGUUGAUCGUUAUCUUUAUUGCUGGCACUUCUGAAUGCGAUCUAGUGUCAUCUGGUUACGUACUAUUCUCACUCUAUGUAUUGUUUGCUGGAAAUACUCAUGCUAGAAGAUGGAGUGGAUUAUGGCGUUCAAUGAUGAUUUACAAUUGGUGUAUCUUGCUCAUGCAAAUACUCUUCCAAGCGGUAUUUGUCAUUUGGGGAGAGAAUAGUGGUAGUACAACCACCAUCUUGGCUGACAUUUUGGGUUUCUCUGUUGUAAAGUCUACUAGUUUCAACACUGCAAGAGAAACCAUUAGUGAUGCCAUCAUCCUCAUCCUCCUCACCUAUCAAAAGACUAUUUUCCAAAGUGAUGAUUUCCAAAUGCUCGAAGAACAUGUCAAAAACAAGAGUGAAAGUGCCUAUGAAACAGCUCUAGAGUUUUAUCGUGAACGUCGUCUACAACGUAUCGAUCAACUAGACAAUAUCAGAAAUGUCCUCGAACAACGAAGAGCAAGAUUACAACAACUCAAAAAACGUACCACCAACAAAAGAUUAUCAGUCUAUCAAGAUUUUCAAUCUCAUCCUUCUGGUUCUUUAUCCUCCUCAAAUAUUCAUCCUUCAACUAUAAAUCAAACAGAAUUAAAUCAACAACAAGAAAAAGAAAAAGAAAAAGUUCAGGUAGAACUAGAUCCAAAUAAUAAUAAUAAUAGUUUAGGGGAAAUUAAACAAAAAGGUGUUAGAUUUAAUGAUGAAACUGUUGAAAUUAAAGAAGAAAUGGAAAAGGAAAAAGAAGAAAUGGAAGAGGAACAAUCAACUUCUUCCUCUUCUUCUCUACGAAAGAGAUCAGUGAUUAAAAGAUUUUUUAUGAAGAUAUUGGCAUACUUAGAUCCAUUACCAGUUCAAAAAUCAAUUGUCGAUCAAGAUGAAGAUGAAGAAGGAUCUUCUUCAUUGUCUGGUCCAGAAAUCCAAUCAUUAUCUCAUAUGCAAUUAAAUAAUCGUAAUAGUGUAUUUAUAGAUCCAGAAGAAUUAAAGGAGGCAAUGAAAAAUUACUCUCGUGAUGACAAGCCAAGUUCAAGUUCUCGUUCAAAUAUAAUCAAGGAACCUGCCAAAAUACAUGAAGAUGAUGUACUCAAGAGAAUUGUAAGAGGAGUAUCAAGAAUUGCAAGAGAUGAAAGUAAAUGGAUAGCAUUUAUGGCAUGUCUUGCAAAUGGUGUAUUCAAUGCAAACAUUAUAUCGUUGGUUUACUUGUUUGGAGUAUUUUUGUUUGGACGUCUAUUCGAGAGUCCAAGACCAUCAAAAGCUUUUUGGAGAUUCUUGAUUGGUUUUAGUGCUUUGGUACUCUGCGUCAAAUAUCUAUUCCAAAUACCAAUCUUUUGUCUUCAAAACAAUACCACAGUCACCUAUGAAAUGUUUAGCAAGUGUUGGAGUAAUCAACCAAGUCCUUUUAUUCCAGAAAAUUUGGUACUCUUGUCCACUCCCUACAAACUUGGUAUCUACAAGAUCGACGGUCACUUUUUGGCUGGUGCAUUUUGGGAUCUAGCUGUAUUCCUCUCUUGUCUCUGGCAUCGUCAUGUCUAUAGAUCCAAAGGUCUUUGGAAAUUUGAAGAAAAGGAUUUCCAAGAAGCUGGUUUCGAUUUUACCUAUAUCGAAGCUGAAGAAGAAGUAGUCUAUGAAGAGGAAAUCAGUGACAACGAAGAAGAUAUUGAACCCGACGAUCAAUUCAUCGAUGAUAAAGAUUUAGAUUUGGUUGAAGAUAAAAUUGAUCAAGUUGAUCAUCUUAUACAACAACAACAACAACCAUUAAUUAUUGAUCAAAAUAAUAAUAAUAAUGUGAUUAUUUCAACAACUUCAACAACUUCAACUAUUUCAACUUUAAAGAAAAAAGAAGACAAAAAACCAUUAUUAUUAAUUGAUAUUCCAGAAGAACCAUCAGAUUCAGAUUCAUCAGAUUCAGAACAAGGUCCAUCAGGUAAUAAUGGACUACCUCAACAUGAUAGUCAAGAGUAUACAUUUACAUUGACAUCACCAACAGGAUCAUCACCAAAACUUAGUAGAAGUAUUCUUUGGGUUCUAGUCUAUAAAAUUCGUAAUAUGAUCAUUUCAUUUAUUCAUUUCCUUUGGUUGGUAACAAAUACUUCAGAAAAAACUGGUAGAGAUUAUUAUAUCCCAAUUUUCUUUACAGAUUUUAUAUGUUUAGUAUUUUUAAUUGUAUUUCCACAAAAUUUUACAGCUAUACCAUCAUCAGAUAUUACACAAUUUUUAGAACAAAAUGUAAUACCAAGACAAUAUAUAGCAAUAUUAUUGGCUCAAUUUGGUAUUAUUAUUUUGGAUCGUAUCAUUUAUUUGUACAAAUCUGUAAAAGCCAAGUUUGCAUUACAAAUUGUUUUGACAGUACUCUAUCACGUAUUCCUAUUCUUUUACUUUCCACAACUCAUUGUCAAACCAUUUGAUUUCACCUAUUCUUGGACAUUGGUUGCAUUCUACAUUCUCAAGUGUCUCUAUCUCUACUACUCGGCACUCCAAAUUUGUUAUGGUUAUCCAAUCUUGACAGAAGGACGUUUCCUCAUGGAUGGUUAUUCCGAUUUCCAUAAUAUUGGUUUUGCAAUUUAUCGUGCCAUUCCAUUUAUUUUUGAAAUGCGUACCCUAUUGGAUUGGAUUGCUACCGACACUACACUGCUCUUUUACGAUUGGCUAAAGUUUGAGGAUCUCUAUGCUCAAGUCUUUUCGGUACACUGUCGUCAGGAAUGGAUCAAACGCCAAGGUCGCAAGUAUGGUCACAAACAACCCAUCUUUGAAAAGUUUGUUACAGGUGUCACCUUUUUCGUUGGUUUGGUCGUCAUUUUAUGGUUCCCUCUUAUUAUCCUUAGUUCUGGGUUGCCCGGUAGUAACAUCAUGCCAGUUACAUCGGUUCAAAUGCAAUUGUCAAUCACAGGUUGGAAUCCACUCGUCUAUAUCAACCAAGAACUGUCACUUGAAGGUAUCAAUGGUACUGGAGGUGUAUCUAGUACCUUUUUAACUGGAUCAGAGUUUAGUCAACUACGUACCAACCAUACAUUUAUCAUGCCAGAUGAACAAAGUGGAACGCAAAUAAUCAAUAUCAAUUCAUUCUCUGAACAGUCUUGGGAUAUGACUCCACCAGCUCGCUCACAAUUACUUGACUUUUUAACUACAAGUAAAUUGUCAAUCACUGCCACUUAUACCAUUUCACGUUCCGGUACUAUAAAUAUGGAUAUUCCAGGUACCAACUCUGUCCCUCUUACCCCAGGUCAACAAUCUGAUCUCUACAAUAUCAUCAAUGGUACUCAAACAUCAUUCAAUGUGACUGGACUAUUAUACAAAUUUAUUCGUCUUCCAGGUGUUAGUGGUAAUCUUCUCUAUCCUUCAAACUCGGGUAGUCAACCCGAAUAUUUGGAUGUCCUAUUUACUCUAUUCAACGGUAGUUCACAAAUCAAUUCGGGUGGAUAUAGUGAUGGACCAUACUGGCAAGCUACCGAUCUUUCAGGUGGCCAAUUAUACUUUUACACCAUCUCUUCCAAACUACCAAAUGGACUUGCCAGUACACUCGUAUCUGCCGGUAUCAUUGGUCUAUACGUUGGUGUUGUCUUGUCUGUCGGUAGAUUCCUUCGUAUGUAUGUCACUGGUAUGGCUCUUCGUAUCACCCUCGAAAAUAUUGGCAACUGCGAAGAAAUUGAAAAGAUGAUUGACGAUGUAUUCAUUGCUAGACAAUACGGUGAUCUAGAAUUAGAAGAAGAUCUAUACUAUGAAUUAAUUCAAGUAUUUAGACAAUCAAAUGUACUUUAUGAUUUAACUAAAACUAAUCAUAAAGAUAGAUAA